GUACCCGUUGGGCCAACCACUGCCGUCCAUCUUGGGUGGUCUCGCUCGCACCGUUGACCUCACCGCGGACAGACCGGGUGCAGAUCGACCAGGGCGCUGCCCAGGUCAGAUCGCGUCUCGUCGCACGGGUCACUGCCGUGACUUGUUAUAAGGGUGUCACGGUCCCCUCUUGUGCGAGUCUGUUCCCGCCGCUUCCGUCCAGUCCAGAGGUCGCAUCUCGUCUCGUGUCGAGAUCGUCUGGCUCCUGUCCGUCCGCUCCCAAGUUGCCUCGCCCACUGCACUCCCGCAGUGCUCGAUCCUGCAUCAUGAGAUCAUUCCUCAGCAGCAGCUCCCAGCUGCUGUCUCUCGCUGUCCUCGCCAUCAGCCCCGUCCUUGCCGUCUGGCCUGUCCCAGAGACCAUCUCGACCGGCACCAAGGUGCUUUGGGUGGACCAGAGCCUCCAUGUCACUUACAAUGGCCAGCCUCUGCCCUGGAUCUACCCGUGUGCGCCCUCAACCGGAGCGGCCAAGUUCAGUAGCAAACAGAUUGUCCAAGGUGCUGUCGCGCGGGCGGCGCAAUAUGUCCUCAAGGACAACUUUGUCCCCUGGAUGCUGUACGAGCGGAACGCUCUCGCCGAUUCGGAGCCCAGCCCGCACAAGGACAAGAAGCUCUUGCAACGGCUCGUCAUCACUCAGACCGGCAACGACACUGUGACGACUUUCAAGGCCAAGGCCGGCGAGGUCGACGAGUCGUACAAACUGGCCGUUACAGAGGAAGGCGUUGCCAGGAUCACGGCCGUCUCAUCCAUUGGCGUCAUUCGUGCGCUUGAGUCUUUCUCCCAGCUCUUUUUCAAGCACUCGGGAGGUCAGAUCUACUCCAAUCUGAUCCCGGUACAAAUUUCCGACAAGCCACAGUAUGACCACCGAGGCAUCCUCUUCGAUGCCGCUCGUUCCUACUUCUCCGUCGACAGCAUCCUCAAGACAAUCGACGCCCUCGCUUGGAACAAGCUCAACCGCAUGCAUUUGCACAUCAGCGAUGCUCAGUCAUGGCCGAUGGAGGUUCCGUCGCUUCCGCUGCUCGCAGAGAAGGGGGCAUAUUCGCCAAAUGCGCGGUACACUCCUGAGGACCUUGCCCUGAUCCAGGCUCAUGCAGUUGAGCGUGGCGUUCAGGUCUUCAUCGAGAUUGAUACCCCGGGACACUGGGGCAUCACCUACGAAGCAUACCCAGAUGUUGUGGCUGCUUGGGGUGCAACCCCGUGGCAGGACUACUGUGCCGAGCCACCUUGUGGCCAGCUCAAGCUGAACCACCCGGCUGUUGACCCAUUCUUGGAUACUUUGAUGGACGAUGUCCUGGCACGCACCGCCCCGUACUCGGCCUACCACCACACUGGAGGUGAUGAGGUCAACUUCAACGCUUUUGCGCUGGACGAGACGGUCGGCACAAAUGACUCGACUGUGAUUCAGCCUCUGCUUCAAGAGUUCUUCGACAAGCACCAUGCACGGGUGCGGAAGCACGGCAUGACGCCUCUGGUAUGGGAGGAGGUUGUCCUUCACUACAACGUCACCCUGGGCGAUGAUGUCGUGGUCCACUCGUGGCUUGGUGGCGAGUCGGUCGGCGAGAUCACGGCCAAGGGCCACAAGGUCAUCAGCAGCAACUACAACUACUGGUACCUUGACUGUGGCCGAGGCCACUGGCUCAACUUUGCCAACGGCGCCGCCUUUGAGCAGUUCUUCCCCUUCAACGACUGGUGCACGCCAGCCAAGGGCUGGCGCUUGGUAUACUCGUAUGACCCCCGCGCCGGUCUGUCCGAGGAACAGGCCAAGCUCGUCAUCGGCGGCGAAGCUGCGGGCUGGAGUGAGUACAUUGACGAGUACAACAUUGACACGAUCCUGUGGCCCCGCGCGUCCGCACUGGGAGAGGUACUCUGGUCCGGCCGCAUCGACAGCCACACUGGACAGAACCGCUCGCAGCUCGACGCGGCGCCGCGUCUCGCCGAGUUCCGCGAGCGUAUGGUCGCCCGUGGCGUCGGCAGUGCGCCGGUGCACAUGCCGUUCUGCACACAGGGCAGGAAUGCUACUGCUUGCGAGUAUAUCCCUGACGCAUGAGCGGCAAAACCGAGAAGGGGGUUGAGAUCGUUAUGCCAUAUUUGUAAUCUUUAGUUGGUCCUAGGACAGGCACAAAAACCUGGGAUGUUUGCUGGAUAUCGAGCCAAUCAGGCUAAAAAGGAUAACUCAAGAAAGCCAUAGAUCUGAUCUACAGUAUUCCACAAGACAAAAUCAGUCACAGUAGACUCAUUGAGACUCG